UAGUUAGAUUUUAGAACCAGACACUGAGAGGCCGUCAGCUGGAAAGGUCAGUGUUGUCACACAGCAGUAUGUAGGUCAUGUACACACGGCUCAGGUAAGCGCACACAGCGCUACCGCGCAACUACAGAAGGACAGGCAGAUGGCUCCGCGCAGCCUCUCGGGAAUUGUAGUUCCUGCGCCGGCCGUGCCUCAUAAGGCUGCGCUCCCUAAAGACUACAUGACCCAGCGUGCAUUGCGCGGCCGGGUAAUACACUGUGGCAGAGGACUUUGCCGUGCGGUCGCUUGCACACUCCUCAUUGCACCCUCGGAGCCAGCGCUGUGCCUUGAGAGAGGGGCAUCUGGGAGGCUGGAGGGCGGCUCUUCUAUCCCGAUGAUGAAGCUGGUUGCUGAUCGACAUAGGGAGGAGGGGGCAGGAUUUUUGUAAAUCUAAGUCAUUUCCUGUUCAGGUUCAUUUCCUGGUUGAGACCCAGUUAUCAGCUGCUGUGCUGUCCCCAUACACAAUAUCCCAUCUAAUUCUCCAUGGAGCUGAGCGCUGCAGAGCAUCUCACCCCCUGCUGACUGCCUGCUGAUCGUCUAGGGGAAGACCCUGGUGAUGUGUGUCUAUGGGGAGCACAGACUACACCCAUUGCUCUAACUAUUAAUGGGUGACACCUCCAAUCCAUCUCCUGUGCAGGAUGCAAUGCUAGGCAGUCAUUAGUGCUCUGUCUGUAGGGCUGUCACCCGAAAUUCUAGCUUUCCACCCUGAUCUCUCCUCAUUGAUUGCCUUGCUGCAGCAGAUCUCUCCUUCCUGUUUAUUUUGGCAUUCACAUCUCUGGUCACCGGGGUGGAGAAGCAUUUUGAAUGAACCAUUUGGCCUGAUCCCGUGGAAAGGAUACGAUUGUUUUUCCUGCUGAAGUCUUUUUUUUGGGGGGUCAUGAACAUGAAGAAGUUCUUUGACUCCCGGCGUGAAUUGGGUGGAUCUGGACCUGGAGUCGGCGGGAUGGGUUCUAGCGUCCUGGGCACUGGAUACAUUGGCAGAGUAUUCACCAUUGGAAGACACCAAGUGACUGUGGACGAGGUUUUGGCUGAAGGUGGCUUUGCCUUGGUCUUCCUUGUCCGUACCAGUAAUGGGAUGAGACGGGCUGUCAAGCGCCUGUAUGUGAAUAGUGAACACGACCUUCAGGUUUGCAAGCGAGAGAUUCAGAUCAUGAGGGAUCUCUCAGGGCACAAGAACAUUGUCGGGUACAUAGACUCCAGCAUCAAUUCUAUGAGCAAUGGGGAUGUAUGGGAAGUACUUAUCCUCAUGGAUUUCUGCCGAGGAGGGCAGGUGGUAAAUCUAAUGAAUCAGCGUUUACAGACUGGAUUUACAGAGAACGAGGUGCUGCAGAUCUUUUGCGACACAUGCGAAGCAGUGGCUCGUCUUCAUCAGUGCAAAAUUCCUAUUAUCCAUCGGGAUCUAAAGGUGGAGAAUAUCCUGCUACAUGAUCGUGGUCACUAUGUGCUGUGUGACUUUGGGAGUGCAACAAAUAAAUGUCAGAAUCCUCAGACUGAAGGUGUCACUGCAGUGGAGGACGAGAUUAAAAAGUACACCACGCUUUCUUAUCGGGCACCAGAGAUGGUAAACCUCUACAGUGGCAAAGUCAUCACUGCCAAGGCGGACAUUUGGGCCCUGGGAUGUCUGCUCUACAAGCUAUGCUUCUUCACGCUGCCCUUUGGGGAGAGUCAGGUCUCCAUCUGUGAUGGGAAUUUUACCAUUCCUGACAACUCCCGGUACUCCCAGGACAUGCACUGCCUCAUCAGGUACAUGCUUGAGCCAGAUCCAGACACGAGACCAGACAUCUAUCAAGUAUCCUAUUUUGCCUUUAAGCUAGCGAAGAGGGAAUGUCCUGUACCUAAUGUACAUGACUCUACCAUCCCUGCAAAGUUGCCUGAAUCAGUGAAAGCAGGAGAAGCCGCAGCUAAGAAAUCCCAACCGAAGGCCAGGCUGACUGAUCCUGUUCCAACAACUGAAACUUCCAUUGCUCCUCGUCAGAGGCCAAAAGCAGGUCAGACCCAACCCAACCCUGGAAUGCUUCCCAUUCAACCGGCUCUAACACCACGAAAAAGGCCCACAGUGCAGCCAGCUGCUGCCCCACCAGCCGCUACAAUCCAGCCCACGGCCCCUGCUCCUGUGCAGCCUACUGCGAAACCUAUUACUCAGCCCCAGCAAGCGCCUAAACCAGCCCAAUCAUCUCAGCAACCGGCCACUCCUGUCGCCACUGCUGCUCAGACUGCAGCUCCUGCGCAGCCGCCUGCAACUCCAACUGCCCAGCCAGCAUCUCAUCCACAGCAGCAACUUUAUCUCAAGCAACAGCAACUUCUGCAGCAGCAACAGGCAGCAGCUCUGUAUCAGCAGCAAAUGCUCCAAGCUCAGCAGAUGCAGGCCAUGCAGCAGCAGCAGAUGCUUCAAGCCUACUACAUACAACAGCAGCAGCAGCAACUCCUGGCCCAGCAGGCUGCCAUGCAGCAAAAAGUGGCAGCCCCAAUGCAGGCUCCUGCCCAGCCACAAGCUGCACCAGUAAAUGUCCAAAUAUCUGCCGCUCAGGAACAGGGGCAGAUCCAAGCUCCAGCAAGAGCCUCUCACAAGCCGCAGCCAGCAACAACACAACCCACUGCAGGACCUAAACUGGGCUCCCUCACCCCUCCAUCCUCUCCUAAGACACAACGUGGGGGACACAGGAGGAUCCUGAGCGAUGUCACACACAGCGCCGUCUUUGGUGUUCCUGCUAGUAAAUCUACACAACUACUACAGGCCGCUGCGGCGGAGGCAAACCUCAAUAAAUCCAAGUCGGCUACUACAACCCCCUCUGGUUCUCCAAGGACCUCACAGCAGAAUGUCCACAACCCACCAGAGUCUUCUGGUUGGAAUCCAUUUGAUGAUGACAACUUCUCCAAACUCACUGCUGAGGAAUUACUCAAUAAGGAUUUUGCCAAGCUGGGAGAAAGUAAACCCCCAGAGCAAUUAAGCAGCUCUGCAGAGGAUCUUCUGUCUGGCUUCCCAGCGCCCCCUGCUGUCUCACAAGCUGAUGCUUUUGGACCUUCUCUGUUUUCUGGUGGAGCAGCUGUGGAUAAACCUGUUGACUUGCAGGGUCAGGAUCCCAGUCCUCCGCUGCAUAAAACUCCUGACCCCUUCUUACCUCUUCCUAUCUCUGAAACUCCAGAGAAAUUGAUUGAGGGUCUCAAAUCUCCAGAGCCGCAGCUUUUGCUUCCUCACCUUGUUCAGCUGGCAGAUCCUUUUGGGAGCACCUCUGAGGCUGUGAAUGGGAAGGCAGAGCCUGUGGUGGAAAGCCUCAUUCCUGGGCUGGAGCCUCCCAUGCCUCAGCGCCUCUCUUCCCAGGCAGACUCCAUUACAUCAAAUCGCACAGACUCCCUCACCGGUGAGGACUCUUUGCUUGACUAUUCUAUUCUGUCUAACCCCGCGGCCGACCUCCUUGAUGAGUUUGCUCCAGUAACUCUUUCUGCUCCAGCAUCUGCAGGUCUACUACAAGCUUCCCAGCCUUUCCAUAUGGGAAAUGAUGGGAUUUUUAAAGGUCCUAGUUCUGCAGCAUGUCUCUUAUCAUCUGAAUUAGAAUUAAAGCCGGAGAGUCCAUCGAAAGGACCAUCUAGUUGCAGUUCAUUUCACAGCAGUGAAGGAGAAGGCACUGACCAUGAGCCAGACCUUUUGGAUUGUAGUGGUUCCAGACCUCUCUUAAUGGAGUCAGAUGAGGAGGAGGGGUCAAAGAAAGUUAAGGAUGCAGCAUUUCCCAAUUCUGAAGAGCCUACUUCUAGCCAGGGCAAUCCUAUGUACACUCCAUCAGAAAGGAUGGCCCAGAUGCCUGCAGGAGACUUUGGUACAGAGGUAGAUGUCUUCGCCACUGCGCCAUUCAAAAGUUCAAAAAUAUCAAAGGAUGAUUCUGAUAUAUUUACCAAUGCUCCAUUUUUCGCUAAGUCCUCAACUUCUUUAAACCAGCUGGAGGAACCUGAUGUGUUCCUCAGAGCACCUUUUACAAGGAAGAUUAGCGUUGAAGACCCCUCCUGUGCUCAAGCACAUCAUUCUGUAAAAGGAGGUGAAGUGACGGCAGUGGGAAAUUCUACAUUCCGAAAUACUGACUUAAAGGUGGGAGGCAGUUCCAUGAAGACUUCGUACACUACUGGAAACCUUUAUGCACAUUCCAGCAGAAGCAUUGAACCAGCUGAAGCCUCUCUGUAUCUAAACGCUACUAAGGAGCUACACAGUGCUGAAAACCAUAAGAUUCCUGGUCAUGAGGCAUCUCAAGAGACUGUGUUUGGGACUGUGGUAACCAAACCAUUCUGCCCUCAGUCUUUAUCCAAGUAUUCACGGCACUACAGUCCUCAAGAAGGACAGGCUGUGGAGGCACAGCCUAUUGCUGCUUACAAAGUAGUGUCUCAUUCUGCAAAAGCCUCUGUAGCUGGAUCUAUUCCCAUCACCCCAGUGACUUAUAGAACUUCAGAGGUUGCAAAUGCAGAUCCAUUUGGCUUGGCUCCAUUUCCUGCCAAAGCUGGAAGACAAAAUCCGUAGUAUAGGUGAAGCUAUCUACCUUAGAACCCGUACCUUUCUUUUUGCCGUGCACUUCCUAUUAAUGUAUUAAUCAAUUCUCUGCUCUAUGCUGCUCUGUGUUUCUUGUUUUGUCACAGAAGGGACUUAUUCAAUAAAGUGCACCUGGCACCUACACACAGUAGCUGGUCUGGGUUCAUGAGGAGUUAGAAAUUCUUUUAAUUUUUUUAGUGCUGUACAUUUCUCAAGUACUUGUGGCCUUGAAGUUGACAUCUUUGAGACUUUACUGUAUGAAGAUGUGUUGGUCUACGAGAUCCCCUGGACCUCAUUGAGACACAAGGAGGUUUCAGCAUCUCUUUCUAUGUCCUGGAGAGUCCCUUUAAUUCGAAUGUAGCCUGACUUCACCAGGAUCCUCUGAAAUCACUGUGAUAAAUAAGUUUAUACUCCUGAACCAUCAAACGGCAUUUCCAACAUGUCCUGCUAACUGUGUGUAGAUGACAGAUGUAUUUUAGCUAUCCAUUUCUCGCUUUCUAUUAUUGUAUGCCAUUUCUAUAAUAGUUUAAUGUGUUAGUGAUAUUUUUGAUUUAUUUUUUCUUCAUUCAAUCUUUGUCAGUGUUUAGUGUAGGGUGUAUUAAGACCAUAGACAUUGAGGUGCCUUAUUUAUGGAGAUGCAGGAUUUCUACUGGAUGUGUAGGGUUUGGUGCUCUAACAGCAUCUCUUUAAAAGGGUUGCCUCAUCUUAGACAAUGGUGGCAUAUGCCACCAAUAUCAGGAAGUGUAGAUGUGGGUCCCACCUCACCCUGUCUCCAGUAUGGGACCCCAAAAGUGAGCAGAAAGCAGCCGUGCACGUGCAGCUGCCCUACAUUCACUUUUAUAGGGCUGCUGAAAAUCUUCGGAAGUCCCUUAGAAGUGAAUAGAGCUUCUGAAAAUAGCUAAGCACGCUCUCUCUUAGCUAUUUUCUGGAGAGCACACCGUGCAUCACUUUUGGGGGGCCGUUCUGGAGAUAGGUCUGGGUCCCAUCUCCAUACCACCAAUGUCUAAGAUGAGAGAACUGCUUUAAGGCUCUAGAUAAACAGGUAUUCAGUGGCUCAAAACUCCACUCAAACAAGGAAUGGGUGCACAAACCAAUAGACUAGAUAGAAUAGAAUAUACAAAUAUAAUGGUAGGCACUCUCCACCUGGCGCUGCAUGGAUCAGUCAAAUAGCCUUAUAGUCACAUGUACAACAAUUUAUUAGAAACUUCUAAAAAUAUAGAGUCAAUAAAAUAAAUUAAAAACUGAAAAAUCCCAAAGAGGUAGAUACAGAUAUUCAAUUGCAGUUGUUCAUUGGUAUUGUUCAAACACAUAUGGUGACCAAUAUAUUGCGAUCAUGUAUCUGCAUAGUAUAUUCCAAUGGCAGUAUAUUGAUAAUAUCGUCUAGUUUUUAUCACUUUUAUGACACCAAAUAUGGUAGUUCUUUUUUAGACGUUCUUAUUAAAUAGCACAGUCAUUGAUCCAUCCUCCAUUGAUACCUCAGGGAUUCCCAAUCCUGAUAGGUAAAUAGCAAAUGUUCUUUAUGACUAGCCUUUCUCCACUUCUCACAAGGCACUCUGUGACAUGGUAUAUGCAUGCAUGAAAUCUUUACACAGAUUAUUAAUUACGUUACCACUUGUAGACUUUGCGCUGCAGCGUCCAUAGUUCUCCGCUGUCUGUGCCGGUCAGAUUGGAAUGGCACGUGAUCGGGCGGCAGUCCUUACACUUGAUGCGCCGGGUCCUUGAGCGGGUUGUAUAGCUUCAUUUGUGGAUGAAAAAGUUCCUCAAUCAUGCGUUUUAGGCACAUACACCAUGUUUGUAAUUUUUGGUUGUAGAGUGAUGGUGGUUCUUAUUCCAUUACAAAUCUUGCCAAAUAAAUCACCAAACGGGUUUCGGAGAUAAAGUUCUCCUUCUUCAGUGGUAAAUAUUAAUGGUAACAUUUUUGGCUUUAUAAGGGAAGCUCAUUAACAUCAAGGCGGGAUUUCGAUUAAUGCAUAGUUUUCUUAAAAAGCUGAUAUGGAUCAUGUAUAUAAAAAGUGCACAAAAAUCUCUGUCACACAAAUGUAAAUUAUUCACAUAUCAUUACAGAGUAUAUUAUAAAUCAGAGAGCCACAAAGGACAGCAAAAAAUAUAUAGGUGGUCUGAUCCAUAUAGCGCCAGGUGGAGAGUGCCUACCAUUAUAUUUGUAUAUAGGAUCUGACGUUGGUCCACCAGCCCUAGAAAUAUGAGAAGUAAUCCUCCAUCUCUUCCUUAGAUUUUAUUAACUUUAAUUGUAUAUUUUUUGUUUUAAUUCUUAGUUUUUCCCCCUGCCUCUUUCAGUGUUCUUCCUAACAUAUUAAAAAGCACUUGGAAAGAAUGGCUGCUGAUACCUUGUACAUUUUAUCCACCAAAUUCUCUGGCCUCAUGAGUGAAGACAAAAGGUGGAGCAGGUGCCCAUAGAAACCAAUCCAGCUCUCAUAUGUCAAAUGUAACCUGAUUCAUAUGGUCAACUACUUCAACAUACUUUUUGUCUGAAUUUUGUCAGUUUAGAUUUACGAAUAGGACAACUGGAUUUACGGAAUGCGUUUACCUUCUUCACUUACAUGAUGGAUUCACUGCUUCUGAAUAGCUACCAAUACUCUACCCUCUCAUCUUCAAUCCUAAUGACUACAAUUAUUAUUGUUUUUCCCAUAGAUACUGUGAAUCAUUUGUAAGGCUAGCACAAGAUAUCAUAAUUAGGCCUUUUGCCUAAAGAUUCAAACAAUUUACUGUACUGGUAUCAUGUCGUGUGUCUUUUUACCUUGAUUUGCCUAUAGAAAAUGUCCAACAUGAUGUUUAUUUUAAAGGGGUUUUCCAGGAGUUUUAUACGGAUGACCUAUCCUCAGAUCUGAUCGGUUGGGGUCCGAAACCCGGGACCCCUGCUGAUCAGUUGUUUGAGAAGGCAGCGGCGUUCGCAAUAGCGCUUUAGUAUUUGAACUUAGCCCCAUUCAAUUCUACAGGCCUGAGCUGUGCCUAGGCUAUGUGACCAAUGAACGUUACGCCACAUGGCCUAGGCAAAGCUGGAGAAGGCUGCCACGCUACUACAAACGUGGGUGCCGUCUCAAACAGCUGAUUGGUGCAGUCCUGGGUGUCAGACCCCCACUGAUCGGAUACUGAUGACCUAUCCUGAGGAUAUCUCAUCAGUAUAAAAGUCUUGGGAAAUUCCUUUAAAACCAAAAUGCUGUGCUGAUUAAUUUCUUUAUAUAUCUUUAUAGCACUCUGAGGUCUGUUUUUCUGUUACAGAGCUCCAAAUCCCCUGCAUAGACAGUUCAGUGAUAAAUUCUUACUCUGUACAGCCACCCCUAGGGGGAGCCUACUGCAAACAAUUUUAUAAUUGAGUUCAAUGUAUAUUUAGUAUUCAGUAAGUUUCCUUUAGUUUUGUAUGCAGUAAGCCUAGAAGGUUGUCAUUUAAAUCUAUAGUGAUGCAGGUUAGGCUACUUUCACACUGGCGUUUUGGUUUCAGUUUGUGAGAUCCGUUUAAGGGCUGUCCCAAGCGGUCCAAAACGGAUCAGUUUUGCCCUAAUGCAUUCUGAAUGGAUAAGGAUCCGCUCAGAAUGCAUCAGUUUGCCUCUGUUCCACAUCCAUUCUGCUCUGGAGGUGGACACCAAAACGCUCCUUGCAGUGUUUCGGUGUCCGCCUGACUGAUCCGUCCUGACACACAAUGGAAGUCAAUGGAGACGGAUCGGUUUUCACUGACACAAUAUGGCACAAUAGAAAACGGAUCCGCCCCCCAUUGACUUUCAGUGGUGUUCAAGAUGGAUCCGU